UUCACUUACACAUUGCUGUCAUCGCGAUAAUUCAGUGAUUUCGGUGGUGAAUAAUAAUUAUUUCUUGUUUGCGAGGCUCUAACAAAAAAUUGCUCCACUGUACCGUCGAUAUUAUUAAAUUAAAUCAAUAUCAUAAUAUAAGUAAUAUCAGUUUAAAGUAUUUAAUCUAAAAUGAACAAGUUAUUUAUUCUUUUAGUAUUUAGUAUAUGUUUUUCCAUAAGCUUAGCUAAGAAAGCCAAAGAUGAAGAAAAGCCGGAUUGGGCUAAAAAAGACAUCAGAGACUUCUCUGACGCUGAUAUGGAAAGAUUAUUCGAUCAAUGGGAAGAAGAUGAGGAACCCUUGCCAGAAGAUGAAAAACCAGAAUACCUUCGAAAGCCUCCUUCUAUAGAUUUUACCAAGCUGGACAUGUCAGACCCAGCAAAUGUCUUACAAGCCACUAAAAAAGGACAAACUUUGAUGAUGUUUGUCUCAGUAGCAAAUAAGCCUUCCAGAGCAAGAACUGAAGAACUAACUAAGAUCUGGCAGACCAGUUUGUGGAGUAACCAUAUUCAAGUGGAGAGAUAUCUUGUAGAUGAUGAUAGAGCAAUUUUCAUGUUCAAAGAUGGAUCUCAAGCUUGGACUGCAAAGGAAUUCCUCUUAGAACAGGAAGAGCUCAAGGAUGUACAAUUAGAAAGUCAAACAUAUACUGGAAAGAAACCUGAUAUUAAAAAUAAAUCUCUCCGUGAUGAGUUAUAAUAAAUAUAAGCUACAUUAUAGGAUAAUACUUUGAGUUUCCAGACAGC